GCACUCACCAACUCACGUGGAGAUUUUGGCGGGGCGACAUGGACGACGAAGGCGACUUGAUCCUGGAGCUGACGAAGCAGUUGGCGGAAGCGCGCGGACAAGUGGAGUACGAGAAGAAAGAAAAGGAGUACUGGAUGAACAAGUACCUCAAACUGCGCCAGCGACACACGGUCACAAUUGGACGCGAACGACGUAACUCUCGAGAUGAAGAUGAGCUGGUCCCGCGAAGACCAUCACCAGCACCUCAGCCUGCAACAUCAGUCGAUUUCUCGAACCAGUCACAUGCGAUUGAUCUCACUGCGCCAAGGCAACGACAGCAACCUCAAUCAAUCUCAAGCGAACCACAGUUCAGUUUCAGUACACCCACGUCGUCGUCGACUGUUUGGCCACCUCCGCCGCCACGACGAAGCAAUCGAUUCUCAGCUCCACAAUAUUCGGAGGAUUCUCCCGUUGAAAGACUAACUGCUUCUGUUCGAAGAACCUCAAGCCAACUCGUUGAUCGACUUGAUUCACGAGACAACCAUCAACGCAUGUUCCAUCCAACCUCUGUGGCAAUGGAGACUGUGGUUGCACAGUCAUCGAACGCCAGGACUCCAUCUACCCUCGCGGGCACUCGGACACUACGUCGAUGUAUCGCGACAGACGGCACAACGCGGUGGGUCGUGGGACAGUCUGAAUCAAGUCCGAGCCGUGGAAGUCAGUCGACGAGGCGUUCGGCAACUUUGACGCCCACGAGAUCCAUAAACUUAGGAUCAGAUCCGAAUGAAGAAGCUUCACUUGCAUUGGCAAUGGCCCUGCAGGCAGAAGAAGUCGAGGAGGCGCGAAUACAUCAAGCACGGGUAACUGAAGAGGCACAGCGACUGCACGCUGCUCAAUUGGGGCAUUUGAGCCGUCAGCGCGAACACACUCGACAUGUUUCGUGCAGCGUUGGGACAUCAGCAUCCCGCCCAUGCCUCGCAUGGCGAACGUCAUCCAUACGACCAUCAUGGCGAGUUUUUGAACCCGGAUGCAAUGUCCCAUGACGUACAAACGCCAAACCACGGUCCUGACAGUCACAGGAUGUGUGGUGUGGGGUAGGAAUUGGUGCAGCUUGGCGAGCGCAUGGGCGACGUGAAGAAGGAUCGAUGGAGACAGCGCGCUGCCGAAGUCAUGUCGCGACUGCCGAGUCAUCGUCUGCAGCGGGCACCUGCUGGAGGCAGCAGCAUGUGCAUCGUGUGUCGAGACGACUUUGCCACGAACGACCACGUUCUGUCGCUGCCGUGUGCGCACAUCUUUCACUACGACUGCGCGCAGGGAUGGAUUCGCAACAACAACUCGUGCCCGACGUGCAAGCUCCCGAUCGAAGACGACUAAGAACCAGCGUACAAUAAACAAAACGUUGAGCCAUCGUCAUCCUUGAAAUCGAAACCGACUGAAGCCUGGCGUGGGCGGCGCACUGGUUGUGAUGGAAGUCGUCGACGGUGCCGACUUGACUGCUUCACGACGUUCGCACGGUAAACUGCGUGUAUUUGGCGGCGCCGGUCUGGAUGGCGCUCCCGUCACCUGGCGGACCUU